AUGGCCAGACGAGAAAAUAUAGCUUUGAAUAAACCCACACACCAAUCAAACGUGUACGUCAGUAACGAUAAAAAAUAUGGAGAGGCUACAUUUCAUUCCAGCAAUGCUGUUGAUGGUUUGAAAACGAAUUUCUCAGCCUUUGGAGGACAGUGUGUUAUAUCACAUGUCCGUCAGAGAACUGCAACCUGGUGGGUUGAUUUGACAUCCAUCCACAGCAUCCACGAUAUAAGAAUAUAUUACAGGACAGACAAUGCACCAUGGAAUGCUUCUAAUGGCUACACUGCCAGAUUUCUAGGAUUUUAUAUUUAUGUGUCUAACACAACAAACACUGAAGAUGGACAUCUAUGUUUCCACGACACGAACUACACCAGAUCCACAAUACCAGCGGUGGCCAACAUACCCUGCCCUGUACACGGUCAAUAUGUUAUAUAUUUCAACAAAAGACCUCAGGAUUCAUCAAAUGCUGGACAGUUUUCUAAGGAUGCACAUAAUGAACUGUGUGAAGUAGAAGUCUACGGUUGCAAUAAAACAGGGUACUAUGGACGUACCUGUUCCUUACCCUGUCCAGAUACAGACUGUCGUUAUUGUCAUAUAAAGACAGGUGCUUGUCAGGGGUGUAAACCUGGGUACCAGGGACAUCAGUGUGAAUUGCACUGUAGUUAUAAAUCCUAUGGAGAAGCUUGCAAGAAAAAAUGUGGUAAUUGUAGCGAUGGGAUGACAUGUCAUCAUAUCAACGGUAGAUGCGCAAAUGGAUGUGACUUUGGGGUUUAUGGAAAUAAAUGCAAAACACCCUGUCCUGUCGGUUGGCAUGGCAAGAAUUGUUCUGAUAGAUGUCGAAACUGUGAUAAAUGUGACCGAUUUACAGGUCAAUGUACGUCUCCAUGUCACGUAGGUUGGAAAGGAGCAACUUGCAAUGAGGGUUUUUGA